AUGCGUUUCUCCAUUCUUUCGUCCGCUUUGCUUGGAGCUUCGUUGGCCGCAGCAUCACCAUCAGGGCCACCGCAUGGUCCUCCGCAUGGCCCACCGCAUUACAAAGGCCCACCACCGCUAGCGCCUAGUUGGGGUCCGAUCGAAGGAGGAGAAGGAGAGCCGGCGACGCUCGCUGCGGAGCGAGCAGCAGCCGUGAAAGAGGCGUUCCAGUUUGCUUGGAAUGGAUACUACAAAUACGCCUUCCCGAACGACGAGCUUCGACCCCAGAACAACUCCUUCGCCAACUCACGAAAUGGCUGGGGUGCCUCAGCUGCCGAUGCCUUCUCCACCGCCUUGGUGAUGGAGAUCCCUUCGAUCGUCAACGAGAUCGUUCAUUACAUCCCUACAAUCGACUGGAGCGUGAGCAUCAACAACAUGCCCGUCAGCUUGUUCGAAACCACCAUUCGCUAUCUCGGUGGCAUCCUGUCCGGCUACGACUUGCUCACUGGUCCUCUCGCUUAUUUGGCGAGUGAAGAGAGCAAGGCGAACAUUCCGAUCUUGCUGGAGCAGGCGCAGAAUCUGGCGAACAACCUAAGCUAUGCUUUUGAGACACCAACUGGUAUUCCUAGCAACAACCUCUACUUCAACAACCGUAGCACGGAUGGAUCGACGACGAAUGGAUUGGCUACGAUUGGGACGUUGGUGUUGGAGUGGACGCAUCUGUCGGAUUUGACAGGCAAUGAGACGUAUGGGCAGCUUGCGCAGAAGGGCGAGAGCUAUCUUCUGAGGCCGCGUCCGAGAUGGGCACAACCAUGGCCAGGUCUCGUCGGUACCAACGUCGACAUCAACACAGGCCUGUUUGUGGACGCAUCCGGUGGCUGGAACGGCGGCGACGACAGCUUCUACGAAUACCUCAUCAAGAUGUAUGUCUACGAUCCAGAUCGCUUCUCGACCUACAAAGACCGCUGGAUCAAAGCCGCCGACAGCACCAUCAAACACCUCGCCUCCCACCCCACCACCCGCCCUGAACUCACCUACCUCGCCAUAUUCCACAACCGCACACUAGACUUCGAGUCCGGCCAUCUCGCCUGUUUUGACGGCGGAAACUUCAUACUCGGCGGUCUUGUCCUCAACAAGCAGAAAUACGUCGACUUUGGCCUCAAGCUUGUCGAAGCGUGCGAAAACACCUACAAUCAAACUCUGACUGGUAUCGGACCGGAAGGCUUCUCCUGGAAUGCGUCCUCUGUGCCGCCCGCGCAGCAGGAGUUCUAUGAACGUGCUGGUUUCUACAUCACGGACGGGAGCUACAUUCUCAGGCCAGAGGUGAUCGAGAGCUUUUACUACGCCUACCGCGCGACUGGGAGCAGGGUCUACCAAGAUUGGGCAUGGAACGGCUUCAAAGCGAUCAACGCAACAUGCCGCACUGGCUCUGGGUUCUCCGAGAUCAAGCACGUGAAUGCGCCCAACGGCGGCGGUUUCAAGAAUUUCCAGGAUUCUUUCUUGUUCGCCGAAGUGCUAAAAUACAGCUACCUAAUCCACGCCGGCGACGCAGAAUGGCAGGUCAACCAGGAUGGCAUCAACGAGUGGGUGUACAACACUGAGGCCCAUCCGUUCAAGGUCGCUGGGGCACCGAUAUGA